UGGUUGUGUUUGUCGCACCUUUGCUUACCUGAGUAAAGGGCUAUUGAGACGCCCGUAGCAGAAGUGAAACAUGUCCCCUGCUUGGAGAACACAUGUUAGCAGCCUACAGCUAGCAUGCUAACUAGGCUAAAGCUAACAGGCAGUGGCUGACAUAGACAUCUUACAAGUAGACUCAGCAUUGGCUGCAGUGACGCGAGAAAUUCGGCCGCCAUCUUGAAGUGGUGAUGAGCCAGCGAGCAGCCUAAACUGACAAUUGACAGGCUGAAAUAUGCGACGAGGGGAGCAUCCUCCGCAGGCGUUCCAGGCACCUGUGGACGUCCACGCCAGCGCGGAUGGUCAGGUUUACAUGUUCAACAGUAAAGCCAACGAGUCGGCUACGUCGUCGGAUGAGGAGGAGAUGGAGAUGAGACCCCGGGCGUGCUUUGAACCAGAACCGGACUGGCUGAGGAACGUCCACUUGUUGGAAAGGAAAGUAUCAGACAAUGACAAUCUCAACAAGCUGGCAUUGCAAUAUGGCUGCAAGGUGGCAGAUAUCAAGAGAGUAAACAACCUCAUCCAGGAGCAGGAUUUAUUUGCACUGAAAUCUAUAAAAAUCCCGGUCCCCAAACACAGCUUUUUAACAGAGACGUACGUCGACUCUCAAGAAGAAGCUUCGAGUUCCACUUGUACGCCUCAGGAGUGGGACUCAGCCCGGCCGUAUCGACACGAAGUCACAAACUUUCUCGUGGAGGUGGACGACGACGUGAAGAACUUGAUUCAGACGACAGACGAUCAGGACGUGGAUUUAUUGGAUGACAAACCCAAAAGGUUGGGUCUCAGGGGACCGAAGCUAAAGGGUCUUGGUGCAGACUGGGGCAUCCAGUGGUGGAACGCUGUGGUCGCCAUGCUCCUCAUCGGCAUCGUCCUACCCUUAUUUUAUGUCAUUUACUUCAAAACGAAACACAGUGGGGCAACCUCGCCACCAGAUGGCACCAUUGUGUCUAUCGUGUUUUCUAACAACUCAGGGACCACCUUUGGUACCAAUGGACCUCCCCACUCACAAGAACCAGGAUAGACACUUUAACAUCAAGUGCGACAGAAAUAUUUGCACUUUUGGUUUUAAGUUUGUAAGUUUUUGCAUGUCAUCAAUCUCAUUUGACACAGGAAUGUUUUUUUCACUAAUAUGAAAUUUCAAAAUUGGUAAAAAAUUAAUAAUCUUGUCUUUUUUUCUGCAGUGAUAUAUUUUAACUUGAGUUUAUUCAGUGUUUAUUUAUUAGUUUUUCUCAGUUCAUUUUUGUCAUCCCUGAAUUCAGUGCCAAGAGUGUGAGAGGUGUUUACAAUAGUAAUGCAGUGCAAUAAUAAUAAUCAUUGUGACUUGGACAGUACCUUUUAGACCACAAGGUAUUUAUGAAACAUACAGGUGAAAUAUUGGAAAUAUUGUGCAAAAAUUAAUUUGUGUCAGCAUUUCAACUUGGAAUGUGAAACCAAUAUGUAAUACAAACUCAUUACAUGCAAAGUGAGAUAUGUCAAGCCUUUAUUUAUGAUCAUUUUGAUGAUCAGAAUGAUCCGUUUUUGAAAAACCAAAGUUUUAAGCCAUAAUCAUAAAGAGUAUAUCAGAAGAAGACUUGGAUUAUCUAGAGUUGCAUGUUAUGAGCCCAUGUCAUAUUUUAAUGUGUACCUUGUAAAUCUAAUUGCUGGAAUAAAUUAACCUUUGCGCAAUAUUCAAAUUAUUUCAAUUUCACCUGUAAUGCCAAUCAAUACCUGAUGUGUUAUGCCAUAAGAUUUGCCUCAAAUUGUAUAUACUAAUAAUUGCACCUUUUUAUGAUUGUGGAAAACUUCAGGGACUUAACUUUUUGUGUGUACCAGCUUUAUGUUAGCAAGCAUAUUAAUUUCUUUGGGUAUAUAUACUUUUGCAGGACUUUUAUUUCAGCACUUUUGACACAAACCUAUGCAAGGCCAUCUGGUGCUUUUUGUCCAACACAAGGCAGUCAAAAAGUCAACACAAUUCUUGAUUCAAAGCAACACCCGCAAUGUACAGUCUAACCGCAAUGUAUAACUUGAAACAGAUUACAGGUUGGAAAAGCCCAUCCUGUUUGCAUAGAAACUGCCUAAAAAAUACUUUUUCUUAAAUGUAUUUAUAUUUAAAAAAUAUGCAUAAUUUUUAAAUAAAUGUUUGCAUAAUAAAAAUAAAUUGUCCACCCCUGUUUGAUGUUUGCCUGAAAGAUGUUGUAUGUUCAGAGACAAGAUCUGACUGGUGUAUUGUCAGAUUUCACUUCAAAAUAAACUCAAACGGGACUUUAGAUAAAAGUUUUGACAGGUUUUGAGCAAAUAAAUGAUGUGUAGUCAUAUACAAAAAUAAUCCUGUGUAAGAUUCUGACAAUAAAACGGUAUUGGUGUUAA